GACCUGUACCUGAAGAUGAGGAGAGUUGACCCGGAGGCCCCGAGUCCUGAGGACCACAGUUUGGGCGCCGUCACCAAACUGCAGUACAUGAGGUGGCGCGAGACCCUGAGCUCCACCUCCAGCCUCGCCUUCCGCAUCGAGGGGCUGACGACGGCCGAUGGGAAAGUCCUGAAAGACUUUAAGCAAACGCGGAGCCGAGAGCAGAUCACAGCCACGUUACUGAGGUUCACUGGGGGUGAGGUGGACAUUCUGAAAGGUUACCUGGAACAGCUGAGAUCCAUCGAAGAGGCUUUGGGUCGGUCGGUCUUCUUCAAGACGCACGAGGUGAUCGGGAGUUCGCUGCUGUUUGUCCACGAGAGUCUGGGGAAGCCGGAGGUUUGGCUGAUCGACUUUGGGAAGACCACAGCCCUCCCCCAGGGCCAGACCCUGAGGCACGACAUUCCCUGGGAGGAGGGGAACCGAGAGGAUGGAUACCUCCUGGGGCUCCAUAACCUCAUGGACAUCUUCUCCCAGGCCCUGACGCAGAGGCUCACAGACACCGAGACAACCUGAGG